UUUUGUUUAGUCUUCUCAAAAUUUUCAGUUAUUUAAAGCAUCUAAACUAUGGAUAAAAUAACCAAGACCAAAACUAAAACUGUUCAGGAGUUGCCGACACUGGAUGCCAUGUUCACAUCAUACGCCAAGUAUAAGCCCGCACUCAACUCAUUCCAAGGUGACGGUCAACGGAUACUGCUGUCGCAAAGCGACGCAUGGAUGCAACAAGCACAACUUAUCGGAAAAGAACGCCCGUUCACCCUCACCGAAACAGGGGUAACCUUCUUCACGUUUAGCAAAUCGACACUGAAUUUCGAUGAGUUUCAACAGUUUCUGGAGAAGUUGUGUGCCAGCAAACACGUUGGCUUGGAGGAAGUUAAGCGAAUGUUGGUUAGCUGUGGUCCCCCAGGGUUGAUUUCCUGACAGUACAGAAGCCACACACUGAUUUCCUACCUGAAUCAUAUCA